AUGGAGAUAGGUCUGUUACACACAUUUUUGUCUAUUUUACCUAAAUGUUCUUGGUUGAGCUAUGCAGUUUAUGUUCUCCAAAAAUUAGAGAAAGAUAAUGCUGAUAAUCCUUCACUCAAAAUAAACAUAUUGUAUGAUGUUGCAUGCAUGUUGGUGAAACACUUACAGGUUAAAUUUAGUCCCCGUCGUAAAGAAGGAUUUGGCCUAACUGACGGUGAGAUGUUGGAGAGAUUGUGGGCUUACAUUCGCAAAUUUAGCAGAAUGACUAAAGAAAUACGUCCAAGUCACAGAGUUGAUGUCCUCAGUUAUGCUCUUUUACAUUAUGGAAAGAAAACGAAGAUUAAUUUAGGCAAUUUGCUGAUGGCAAGGAUGAAGCGAGCUGUUGACGUGAAAGAAACUGCAAAAUUAGAUAUUGAAAAGUUAUGCUGGUGUUUUCCGUCUCACAGGAUUUCAAUAGAUGAUAUUCGUGAGUGGAAGAAGGACGAAUCGACUUUUUUGGUCGUGAAAUUGAGACUGAAGAAGAUUGGAAAUGCAAGUACGUUAUAUACCUGGACUUGUACACUGAUCUUUACCAUCGAUGGAAUGGUUGCACUGAUCCAAGUGAACUGACUGUUCGAUUUAAUCAGAUGAAAAAAAUGACGAGCAGUUGAAGAUCAUGGAAAGGGAAAACUCAAUUUCUGCACACUGGCAAAAUACUGACUCAGAGUACGAAAAUGCAAAACGCAAGGUUGGGUCUAGGAAAGAAAAACGUGUUUUGUCUCGAAUGAGGAAAAAUGUUGUUUAAAGAUGGUUUCUCCUAAAUCUUAAGUCUAAAUACUGUGGUAACUAUAGGUAUCUCAUAAAUGUUCCAUACCACUUGCAAUGCUUGUAAAUUACUUUAUAUGUUCCCUUCUUUGUAAUGUUCUCUGUAUGUUUGUUCUGUUUUUCACAUGGUCAAGCGUUGGCAUCCAGACUUUCGAAGCAAAUUACUCGAGUAACAAAGGAUGUCAAUAAAGAUAUCGCAGCUUAUAA